AUGACCCGACGCGUUGUAUACAGCUUAGGCUUCUUGGUCGCCAUUCUCUGCACCAUGAUGACUGUCCAUAGCAUCUCGCUGCCGCGAUGGAUUAGCUUUGCUGCUGAAGACGGCCGUACAAGUUCCCUGGGCCUCCAUAAGUUCUGUUCCAGCGUAAGAGGAACCUGCGAUGCUUUUCCACAACCUACCGACUGCACUGGCGAUAGGAAAAACUUCUGCCACAUGUGGAGAACCGUCGGCUUCCUGAUCUCCUUCACAGUGGUGGUGGAGCUCGCGACCCUAGUCGGCUUUGGCGUCAUUAUCGCGGGAGGGGUUCAGCGAAGAAAAGUUGGCUGGAGUAUCAUCUCCUUACUCGUAGCUGUCGCUGGCAUCAUCCAGUGCGCCGGCACAGCCAUUGUGGCCUACCUAUUUAACAACGACGAUCGCUUCUUCGAAGGCUGGUACCUCGAUUCCUCCUGGAGACUCUCCAUCGCAUCUUGUGCCCUCCUCUUCGUCACGGCCGCCGGAAUCGUUGCGAGCGCCUUCUGCCUUCCAGACGAGGGCGGAUACGAACUCAUAGCCGAUCACCAGAUGGAGUAUGAGCAGGACGAGCAAUUACGGUCGCGGAUCUCCGCUUGGAACGAUGGGUACCGAUCCGGAGGGUACCAGAACGAACGCGAGUGA